AUGAGGAUCACAGAAAUUGUGAUUGACGGCUUCAAAUCGUACGCUGUGCGUACGGUUAUCUCGGGAUGGGAUGAAUCUUUCAACUCCAUUACCGGUCUAAACGGCAGUGGUAAAUCCAACAUUCUCGAUGCCAUUUGUUUCGUUCUGGGUAUCACCAACAUGUCAACCGUCCGAGCGCAAAACCUCCAAGAUCUGAUCUACAAGCGUGGUCAGGCCGGUGUAACCAAAGCCAGUGUUACUAUCGUUUUCGACAAUCGCGAUACCUCCAAAUCUCCGAUCGGUUUCGAAGAGUAUGCAAACAUCUCCGUCACCCGCCAGAUCGUGCUGGGCGGCACCAGCAAAUACUUGAUCAACGGCCACCGCGCGCAACAGCAGACUGUCCAGAACCUUUUCCAGAGUGUCCAGCUGAACAUCAACAACCCCAACUUCCUGAUUAUGCAAGGUCGUAUCACAAAGGUGCUGAAUAUGAAGGCAGUGGAGAUCCUGUCGAUGAUCGAGGAAGCGGCUGGCACACGAAUGUUCGAGGAUCGACGAGAGAAGGCGAUUAAGACAAUGGGCAAGAAAGAAUUGAAACUGCGCGAGAUUGAGGAACUUUUGAAGGAAGAGAUUGAACCAAAGCUAGAGAAGCUUCGAUCUGAGAAGCGUGCGUUCCUCGACUUCCAACAAACGCAGAAUGACCUCGAACGAUUGACUCGUCUUGUUGUCGCACAUGACUACAUACGCGGCGGAGAGCGGCUACGCGUUGCGGGUGAGGAGUGCGACAGAAAGAGGGAGACAGUGCAGACAUUGGAAGAGAAUGCGAUCAGGCUGAAGGGUGAGAUCGCACACUUGGAAGAAGAUGUUAAGCGGGUCCGGUCCGCACGCGACAAGGAGCUCCGUAAGGGCGGCAAAUUCCAAGGCCUCGAAGACGAAGUCAAGAAUCACUCGCACGAGCUGGUUCGAUUGACAACUGUCUUUGACCUGAAAAACUCAAGCGUAGUUGAGGAGAAAGAAAAGCGCAAGGUCAUUCAAAAGUCCGUCAGUGAUCUCGAGAAGGCACUGAAGGAAAAGCGAAAGAUCUACGAAAAGCUUCAGGCCCAGUAUGAUGCCGCCAAAUCCGAGCUUGAUGCGCAGAAUGUCGAGGUGGAACAGAAGGAGGAACUUCUUCAAACCUUACAGACAGGUGUUGCUUCCAAGGAGGGACAAGAAAGCGGCUACCAGGGACAACUACAGGAUGCACGAAACCGGGCCAGCAAUGCCUCCACAGAGCAAGAACAAGCAAAACUGAAGAUCGCUCACCUUGAGAAGAGAAUCAAGGAGGAGGAACCGCGAGCUAAGAAGGCCAAGGAGCAAAACCAAGGCCUUCUUAAGGACCUAGAGGGCCUGAAGGCCCAAGCUAAGAAGCUGGAGUCAGAGCUUAGUCGUCUAGGCUUUGAGCCUGGCAAAGAGGAGCAAAUCUAUCAAGAACAGGCUCAGCUUCAGCGUGAUAUCCGAGACCUCCGCCAACGUGCUGACGGUCUCCGACGAAAGGCGGCGAACAUCGAUUUCAACUAUUCCGAUCCUCAUCCCAACUUCGAUCGUUCGAAGGUUAAAGGCCUGGUUGCUCAACUGUUCACCUUAAACAAGGAUCAAGUCCCAGCCGCCACUGCCCUCGAGAUCUGUGCUGGUGGUCGUCUAUACAACGUUGUGGUAGACUCCGCCGAGACUGGUACCCUGCUGCUUCAGAAAGGAAAGCUGCGAAAGCGUGUGACUAUUAUUCCUUUGAAUAAGAUCUCAGCAUUCAAAGCCUCCGCGGAGAAGAUCGGAGCUGCUCAGCAGCUUGCUCCAGGCAAGGUUGAUCUUGCCUUGUCUUUAAUCGGAUACGAUGAGGAUGUGCUUGCAGCGAUGAACUACGUCUUCGGCAACACCCUUAUCUGCAACGAUGCGGAUACAGCUAAGAAGGUCACAUUCGAUCCUUCUGUCCGGAUGAAGAGUGUGACUCUUGAAGGCGAUGUCUACGACCCCUCUGGUACUCUGUCCGGUGGAAGCGCUCCUAACUCUAGUGGAGUGCUUGUAACCCUACAGAAGCUCAACGAGAUUACCAAGGAGCUAAGGAGCAAGGAGCGCCAGCUUGCCACCUUGGAAGAUAAUAUGAACAAGGAGCGCAAGAAGCUCGAUGCGGUUCGAUCAAUCAAGCAAGAUCUGGAUCUCAAAACCCACGAGAUUAAGCUCACUGAGGAGCAAAUUAACAGCAACUCUUCUUCUUCAAUUAUUCAAGCAGUCGAAGAGAUGAAGUCAAACAUUGAGCAGUUGAAGAGUGACAUUGCCAACGCCAAGACUCGCCAAGCGGAAGCAUCGAAGGAUAUCAAGCGCAUCGAGAAAGAUAUGAGCGAGUUCAGCAACAACAAAGACAGCAAGUUGGAAGAGCUUCAAACUUCGCUUAAUGCUCUCAAGAAGAGCCUCACUAAGAAUUCUGCUUCAGUAAAGGAACUUCAAAAGGAGCUUCAGUCGUCUCGGCUGGAUUCUGAGCAGGCUGGAAGUGAUCUUUCGGCGGCCGAAGAGCAGCUGGCCGAGUCAGAAAGCACAUUGCAGGCUCAAGCGGAGGAGAUCGAGUCUUUGCAGCGGGAACAAACUCGGCUCAAGGACGCCCAUGAUAUUGCCCAAGCACAUCUUGAGGACGAGCGGGCCAAGCUGACUGGAUUUGAUGAUGAGCUUGCUGAGCUUGAUGAGGCAAUUAAGACCAAGUCAUCGCAGAUUACUGAAGAGGGCUUGGAGAUGCAAAAGCUGGGUCACCAGCUCGAAAAACUCCAAAAAGACCAGCAUACCGCCUCUCAAGCUGUCGCUCAUAUGGAGCAAGAGCACGAGUGGAUUGCCGAUGAGAAGGAGCAGUUUGGUCGUGCAAAUACCCCAUACAACUUCCAAAACCAGAAUAUCGCUGAGUGCAAGUCGACAUUGCGCAACUUGACCGAACGUUCCCAGGGCAUGAAGAAGAAGAUCAACCCCAAGGUCAUGAAUAUGAUCGACAGCGUCGAGAAAAAGGAGGCUGCUCUGAAGAACAUGAUGAGAACCGUCAUUCGGGAUAAGAGCAAGAUCGAGGAAACCAUACUCAAUCUUAAUGAGUAUAAGAAGGAAGCCCUUCAUAAGACCUGGGUCAAGGUCAAUGGUGACUUUGGACAAAUCUUCAACGAGCUUUUGCCGGGCAGCUUUGCCAAACUAGAUCCGCCCGAAGGCAAGGAUAUCACAGACGGCCUGGAGGUCAAGGUGUCACUGGGUAAGGUCUGGAAACAGAGCUUGACGGAGUUGAGUGGUGGACAAAGGUCUCUUAUUGCCUUAUCCCUGAUCAUGGCACUCUUGCAAUUCAAGCCCGCUCCGAUGUACAUUCUCGAUGAGGUGGACGCCGCGUUGGAUCUGUCCCACACACAGAAUAUCGGACGAUUAAUCAAGACCCGGUUCAAGGGAUCUCAGUUUGUCGUCGUAUCUCUCAAGGAUGGCAUGUUCCAGAACGCCAACCGUAUCUUCCGCACCCGGUUCAGCGAGGGUACCAGUGUCGUUCAGGCAUUGACCCCUGCUGACAUGAAAUAA